CAACAGGUACAUGAGUCCUAGGUACCAGACUUUACAAUCGGCGACGCUACUUUGCAGCUUGUGGACUGCCUUAAUGUCUGUCUCCCUUGCGAUUUGCCACAUUUGUCGACGCGCGCCAGACGCCCCAUUGAGAGUGGUGCCCCACAAAUAACCAAUACAUCUACAUCAUUUGUUCUACGGACUUCAGUUCUUUUGCCAGAUGGAGUCCAAACACGAUCUAGAUCCUCAGGUAUCAGAGAACAGCUGCGAUUCUGUGCACCGUAAAGACGCGAACAUCGACAGCCUCACUCGACUGGUGACAGAGUUGAAAGCGAGCGUAGCGGAAAGAGAUGGUAAAAUUAACCAUUUAAGAAAAGAGCGGGACGAUGGUAGAUUUCAUAUACAAAAACUAGAGAAAGAGAAGGAAACGCUUCACAGCAAGCUCUUGUACCAGCAGAUGCGAGCAGAAACUCUGGAAAAUGAAGUUGAACGAAUAACGAGGUCUUCUUGUUAUGACGGCAGUGAAGAUGAAAUUGAUGGAAGCAAAGCGUCACUGCAUAUACCAGAAGAUGACUUGACAGAUGCGGCCGUGACAAUCACGCAACAACAAACUGAGGCUUUGACAGAAAACCACGCUCAAUCAUGUGCUGUUAGCGCAACUAAGGUAACGCAACAACUGCGUGACCCUGAGCUGAAUGAACAAAUCAAACGCUUGAAGCAACUAUUAGACCUUCGAAUGGACCAACACAGAAACCAUCUGAGAACCUUCAAGGAGAACAGCGACAAAGCUCAUGGUGUUUAUGCAGAAAAACAGCUUGUCGCUAUGGCAACUGUACAGCAGACUCUGGUUGGCUACCUGGAAUGGGAAAGCCAUGAGCUUGAGCAUGCGCAGAAGACAGACGAGCUUGAGCAUGCGCAGAAGACAGACGAGCUAGAGCAUGCGCAGAAGACAGACGAGCUUACAGUGGCGCUGAGCAACAUCGUAGAUAGGUUACAACAGAGUCAUGAACCGAAGCGAAUCAAGUCAAGCAGGAAAGAGAAGACGUCUUUACCUUUAAAAUUUAUCGUUUUCAUUCUUGCCCCUGUGUUACUAAGUGUUAUGUGUUAUUGUGCCUUUUUUUCUCAUGCCCAAAAUUAGCUGAGCAGUCUACAAUACUAGGAACUGUCCGUCCCGUUAUUGUCUGGACUUCGCGUAUAAUUUAUUAGCUUAAUGGAGCUCAAGGUUAGGUUGGCGGACGCGCCUGACAAACGUACUGCCAGUGAAAUGUGAUGAUCAUCAUUUCACAAAAAUGAAAACAAUCCUUCGUCUUCUCUUACUGCACAUUAAUGAAUGAGGUUCUCUGUAGCUUGAAGGUUAAAGGACAGGAUCAUAGCAUGACCUCCCCCCACUUCGUGUUAGUGGCGUCUACCUCCCUUUAGAAGAAACUAAAUUUUCCACUAACGGUCAUCAAGGGAGGUGGUCUAGGUAUCUAUGUCUACGUAGCUUUUUAACCUAAAAUAAAUAUUGUAAUGUAAUGAAUCGUUUUCGAGGUAUUCACCCCUCUGUAACAGACCAAGCGAAACCGAUAUUUUCGUCGGGUUUUGGGGAACUCACCGGGUUUGAAAUUUCCACCGGAUCAGCUUUUAUUGAUUACCCCCGGUCACUCAACUUACUCGUCGGGUAAGAAAGAAACUGUUCGGGUCUAAGCCUCCCCGGGUGCCGGGAACUAAGAGCUCGUCCGGUAGGGGGGGAAUUUCCGUCGGGUCGGGUUUCGCCGAGUCUGUUACAGAGGGGUGUAGGUAUGUUAUUUAAAAAUAGAUUAUAGCCUGCUACGUCUAGUGUGAUUCCAUCGUUAGCAUAAUAUACAAAUAAACACAACAGGAACAUUCCAUUAUUAAGGGAGAGGAGAAAGCAACUUAUUGUAUUUAGUUACUUGUAAUUUGGUGCCAGAUGGUUUAAGAUAAUCUCAUGCUUUCUAAAACUAUAUAAAUUACUAGUGAAAGAAAAAGCGGCUUUAGUUUCAAAUAGUGACCGCGUGUGAGCAGAUAAAAAGUAUAAAGAAAAUAUCUGGGAAGAACACAGUAAAUUAACAAGUAAGUUAA